CUUCUAGUGCGUACCCCUUUAAGAACACCCGCAAGCAGCGGUCACUUUACUACGUGCCAAACUUCCGGUGCCACUUUCCCCAGCUGUUCCUCUCUUUCUCCCGACCGGCCCGCAGAAAAUGGCGCUACUUACAACGUUCUUCGCCUUUCUCUACCACUUGCCACGUGUUUACCAGUGGCUGCUGAAGCCGUAUUAUGUCGCCUCGCUUGCCAUGUCUGUCGCUUUCCUUGUGGUUCGGAAAACGCCGGGCAUCUGCGAACACCUGUCGUCGCAGCGAGAAGACGGGAACUCCUGUGACUUUGACUGGAGAGAGGUGGAGAUCCUGAUGUUUCUCAGCGCCAUCGUCAUGAUGAAGAACAGGAGAGCCAUCACUGUGGAGCAACAUGUGGGAAACCUCUUUCUUUUCAGCAAAGUGGCGAACGUCAUCCUUUUCUUCAGGCUUGACAUUCGCAUGGGCCUUCUCUACCUGACACUGUGCAUCGUUUUCCUGAUGACAUGCAAGCCACCCCUUUACAUGGGCCCAGAGUACAUCAAAUACUUCAGUGACAAGACCAUCGACGAGGAGCUGGAGAGGGACGGUCGUGUGACAUGGAUCGUGGAGUUCUUCGCCAACUGGUCCCCCGAGUGCCAGUCCUUCGCCUCCAUCUUUGCUGACCUCUCACUCAAGUAUAACUGCGCUGGACUCAAAUUUGGAAAGUUGGAUAUUGGCCGAUAUGGGGAAGUAUCCAAUAAGUACAAGGUGAGCACCUCUCCCCUCUCCAAGCAGCUCCCCACCGUGGUGCUCUUCCAGGGGGGUAAGGAGGUCUUCAGACGCCCUCAGAUUGACAAAAAAGGAAGAGCAGUGGCUUGGAGCUUCACGGAGGAGAAUAUAAUCAGAGAGUUUAACCUCAACGAGCUCUACCAGAAAUCCAAGAAGCUCUCUAAGGGGACGGGAGAGAGGUCUGUGGAGCCUGAGAUUCCACCGGUGCAAGAAGAAAAUGAGGGAGAGAUGGAGGCCCAGGAGAGCAAGAAAGAUAAAUAGGUGAACACAACAGACGACUGCACCAUGUCCUGUUCAAUGUGACAUCACAGUGGGACUGGAUAGAAUGGGGAUUGAGGGCAAUUAGUUUCAAGUCUAAAACACAAUGGGAUUUAAGACGAUUCUUAGCUGCACUGUACUAUUGUAAUUUCCUUAAUAGCUUAAUUGUAAAUCACUAAUUUCUUGUGUUACUCUAAAACAUUAACUUGCAUGACUAGAAUUACUGAUUCAAAAUCGUGGUAAGCAAUCCUCUCUCCAAGUCCAGUCCCUUGUUAAAUCCAUUGUAGCUGUUCUGCACUGUGUGCCUGUUCUGAGUUUUUUUUUUUGGGGGGGGGGGGGGGGGGCACACAUGGAUACCACAAACUCAUUCCUAGAAUAUUUAUACAGUGAAGUUGCUAAAGAAGUCUUAUUACUAAAGGGUUUGGUUUGUAUUGUAGCAGUUAUGACUUUUAAUCUUUCGUAAUUAUUUAAUCCUCAGUAACUGAAGAUGCAGUGCUCUCCAAUAUACACUGCUGAUGUUUGAGGGAUGAGUUCAUCUUGGUAAUACUGUUGUGUAUUUCAUUUGGGUGGCUAAUCCUGCACUGCUUUCCAGUUGUCCAGUGAUUUCAGUCAGGUGCACAGCCUCCCUAUAGCUGAGAAGGUGUAAGCUGCAUUCUGUAACCUCAUGCUCACGCCCAUUGAUUUAUUCUGUAAUGUUAUAACGAUGAUCUUUAAGGAGCACUCCCGAAAAUCAGUAUUUGGUACGGACUGGUCACAGCUACUCCUUACUCCUGUUACUGUCAGUGUAAUGAGCAUGACUGUCAUGCACACUCCCUGACAUUAGGUCAUCAAACCAUUGUGGCUGUAGAGCAAUUGUAUUUACACUGUUAUGACAUGAGGUACCAUGAGAAUUUUUACUUCAUAUUAAAUUAUUACACCAUAA